AUGCCUGUAUCGAAGUCAUUGAAAUUCCACGCAGGAAAAGUACAAUAUAAUGAGGAAACAAAUAGGUGUACACCACUUCCCAAUCGAGGUGUUAUUUCCAUAAAGUCCAAUGCCGAUGAUCCUGAUUUUUUAGAUUUCACAUGGACGCCAAAGAGUGAUCUAUUAUCAGGCAUCUCGUCAUCAUCAACAACAUCAACAUCGUCGACAUCGGCACACCCAACACUUGACCCAAGCUCCAAUAAUAUAUCAUCAUCGGGCGUGCUCAAUGGAUCCAACCUUGAAAAAGAUGAGUUGUUGCUCAUACCAGGUGAUGUCAGCAUCAAAGCUAUUAAGUCAUGCAAUACAGGUAGAGUUUUUGCAUUGACGUUUUCUGACUCUGGAGCUAAGUAUCUUUAUUGGUUACAAGAUGUUGGUGAUAUUGAUAACUUGGACAAGUUUACCGAGAAGGAUAACAAAUUGAUUCAACAGAUCAACGAUUUGAUAAGCAUUGAUGAUGAUGAAGAAGAAGAAGAUGAUGAUGAUGAAGGAGAAGAGGAUGAAGACAAGAACCAUAAAAAUAACAACGCGGGAGGACAGAAUACAGACUCCAUGGAAGUGGAUGAACCUGUGAGGGCUAAUGAUGGUGUUAAUCAGGUGGAGCAACAAACGGGAAAAACGGGAAAAACAGGAAAACUAGAACAGACGGGACAAGUAUCGCAGGGACAACCUCAAGUCAAAUUACCUAUUGGUUCCCUUUCCUCUGUGUUGGAUGUCCCUACAAUCGAAUCGCAUUUGAACAAUUAUUCUACAGAACAAUUGAAACAAAUGUAUUCUGAUUUCUUACCCCAUUCGAUAGCAUCAAACCCUACAAAGCAGACUAUAGUCAAUGACAUAAUCAGGAGUGGGUUCUUUCAACAAUGUGAACAGAAAUUAAGUCAACUGUUGGCUCAGGGCGACGGCACUGGGUAUCUCUUGUCACAGAGUUUGAAAUAUGAUUACAAGGGAGAGGGUAUUGAGAAUUUUCUAAAUGGAGUUCGUGAGUUGGGCAAAAAAGAGAAAAAGGAGGAGAAGGAGGAGUAG